AUGGCACUGCUGAAAGUCAAAUUCAACCAGAAGAAGAGGGUCAAGUUGGCCCAAGGGCUCUGGCUCCUGAACUGGCUUUCUGUGCUGGCCGGCAUCAUCGUCUUCAGCCUGGGGCUGUUCUUGAAGAUCGAGCUCCGGAAGAGGAGCGACGUGAUGAAUAAUUCGGAGAGCCACUUUGUGCCCAACUCCUUGAUAGGGAUGGGGGCGCUGGCCUGUGUCUUCAAUUCUCUGGCUGGCAAGAUCUGCUACGAUGCUCUGGAUGCGGCCAAGUACGCCAAGUGGAAGCCCUGGCUGCAGCCCUACCUGCUGGUCUGCGUCCUCUUCCAUGUGGGCCUCCUCCUUGUGGCCCUCUGCUGCUUUCUGGCACAGGGCUCCCUGGAGGGCACCUUGGCAGACGGGCUCAAGAGCGGCAUGAAGUACUACCGGGACACGGACACUCCAGGCAGGUGCUUCAUGAAGAAGACCAUCGACCUGCUGCAGAUUGAGUUCAAAUGCUGUGGCAACAACGGCUUUCGGGACUGGUUUGAGAUUCAGUGGAUCAGCAACCGCUACCUGGACUUUUCCUCCAAGGAAGUCAAAGACCGCAUCAAGAGCAACGUGGACGGGCGGUACCUGGUGGACGGUGUCCCCUUCAGCUGCUGCAACCCCAGCUCGCCGCGGCCCUGCAUCCAGCACCAGCUGACCAACAACUCGGCGCACUACAGCUACGACCACCAGACGGAGGAGCUUAACCUGUGGGUGCGCGGCUGCAGGGCGGCCCUGCUGAGCUACUACGGCAGCCUCAUGAACUCCAUGGGGGCUGCCAUGCUCCUCGUCUGGCUCUUGGAGGUGGCUGUCACCGUCGGGCUGCGCUACCUGCACACAGCGCUGGAAGGCAUGCCCGGCCCCGAGGAGGACCCGGCGUGCGAGGCAGAGAGCGAGGGCUGGCUGCUGGAGAAGAGCGUGUCCGAGACGUGGAAGGCCUUCCUGCAGCGCGUGCGGCAGCUGGCCCAGGGCAACCAGGUGGAGGCCCAGGGCGGUGGGGAGGCGGACCAGGCCCCUGGGGCAGGCUGA